AGGCUGGAUUGGUGAAUGAUUUGAAGUAAACGGGCAAUUUUUACCUCUUGGGGACGGUUCAAUGGAGAUUCAUUCUCUGUACAAUCUUGGAUUCAUGACAGAUGCACCCGCUGCUUUGCAGAAUAUUGCCACUGCACCUGUGCAAAUCAAGGAGAAAAAAUCGGAAAGCAGAGCGGUCAGCAAGAAGCGAAGAACGCAUGUGCUGAACCUCAUAAAGUAUUUCUCCAAGUUUUCUUUGUUUGAUGGAGUAAGCGCCUUUGCAAAGUCCAAGGUCGCAGCGCAUAUGACAAGAGUGUGUUUGCCGACUGGAACCCUCCUCUUCAGCAGCGAGGACAUGGGUGCUUCCAUAUUUUUGGUGCUGAAGGGAAAAGUGCUCUGCAAUGAGGCUGGAAGACGGAAGAUGGCGAAGCCUUUCAAUAUGGUGGGGAUGGAAGUGUUGUGCUCGGCGGCACAAUCACGCUCCAAGAACGCUGAAGCAGCUGAGGUAUCCGCAUGCAGGAGGUUCACAACUGCCGUCACAGCAACAGAUUGCGAAUUAUUGGUCUUGUCACUUAAGGAUCUCGUUCCAAUCGUUCGGCUGUGCAAGGAUCUUGGAGACAACGUGCAUCGGAUGGCAUGCGACUUUGUGAGAAGGCUGGCAGCUCAUGGCAGUGCCGAAGCUCGCAAAUGCUAUGAGACGAUUUUACUUGGACUCCAUGAGGAUGGACCUAAGCGGGAAGAAAUUAUCGUUCAGAAACGAAAUGCAAUGCAAAGCGAAAGGCUACAGUCGAUGAGGCGGCUGGUAGCAGCUGCUAACGAUCAAUGGGCUGCUCUGAGGUUGAAGGAUUCUUGUCCUGGACGAAGUAGUAGGUUCGAACUGUCGGCAGAAUCGUCUUCACACUUAACGUUUCCAUGUUGUUACCCGAAUAGCUUGUUUUGCUCUGUUAACUCUCCCUUCAAUUUUGUGGUAUGAGAGACCACCAAGACUUUUGAAAUCACCUUGUCAUUAUAGAUCACUGUUUUUUUGGCUAUGUGUAAAAUAAAGGUUUUUUGGAACUU